GCUAACACCCAGAGUUUUUGGAGUGUUUAAGAUUGCAAAUAAGAUGUGGGCGAACAAGAUUCGACUAUAAAAUUCAAGAAAUUGCUUUGUACUGAAGAGUUUCGUUGAAUUUUUGCUAUAUUAAAGCCGUCAAUAUUGUUGGCUUCUUCUCCAUAAAGACCUUACUUUCCCCAUCAUCCUUCUGCAUGCUCUCAACACAUAAUAAACUCACUUCAGUCAUGGUGUUUUCAGGGUGGUUUACAAUUUUGGCUGCUGCUGUUCUACUGUUUCAUGGAGUUUCAUUUGCUCAAACAGAUCCAGGGUACAGCUUCAUGCACCAAGCAACAACAGCUCCAAUGGUCUCAUACUACGAUUACAUAAUAGUUGGUGGCGGCACCGCCGGCUGUCCAUUAGCCGCUACUCUUUCCCAGAACUCCUCCGUCCUUCUCCUCGAACGAGGUGGCUCCCCAUACGGAAACGACAACAUCACCGAUUUAGCCGCCUUUGGAGCCGCCUUGUCCGACCUUUCCCCUUCUUCUCCCUCCCAACGUUUUGUCUCCACUGACGGCGUCGUCAAUGCUCGAGCCCGUGUGCUAGGUGGUGGAAGCUGCUUGAACGCCGGUUUUUACACCCGUGCCGGUGCAGAUUACAUUCGGCUUUCAGGUUGGGAUGCAAGAUUGGUCAAUGAGUCGUACAAGUGGGUGGAGGAUGUGGUGGCGUUUCAGCCGCCGGUGAGGCAGUGGCAGGCAGCGGUGAGGGAUGGUUUGGUGGAGGCCGGAGUACAGCCUUAUAAUGGGUUUACCUACGAGCACAUGUACGGUACAAAAGUUGGUGGCACGAUUUUUGAUCCAAACGGCCACCGUCAUACGGCGGCUGAUUUACUCCGGUAUGCGAACUCAAGUGGACUCACGGUGUUGCUGUAUGCACCAGUUAAUAAAAUACUAUUCACGAGGCUAGGAGGAAUACAAAAACCAAGGGCCCAUGGAGUGAUCUUCAAAGAUGCAAAUGGGGUCGACCACCGGGCUUACUUAAAGAGAGGAUCAACCAAUGAAAUCUUAGUGUCGUCUGGGUCAUUGGGAAGCCCACAACUUCUAAUGUUAAGUGGCGUUGGCCCAAGAAGACAACUUAAGGCCCAUAACGUAACUAUGGUUUUGGAGCAGCCCAUGGUGGGCCUAGGAAUGUCCGAUAACCCGAUGAAUGCGGUUUUUGUCCCCUCUCCUCAACCCGUGGAGGUGUCUUUGAUCCAAAUCGUGGGUAUCACUCGCAAUGGAACCUAUAUCGAGUCUGCUUGUGGUGAAAAUUUUGCAGGUGGAGCUCGAACUCUAGAUUAUGGAAUGUUUUCUCCCAAGAUUGGACAACUAUCGACUGUGCCUCCAAAACAAAGAACACAAAAGGCGAUAGACAAGGCAGUUGAGGACAUGAAAGCGCUCCCACAAAGUGCUUUUGUGGGUGGGUUUAUCUUGGAGAAGAUCGUUGGCCCAAUAUCCACGGGUCAUCUUGAGAUUAGGUCUCGAGACCCGAAUGUGAACCCAUCAGUUACAUUCAACUACUUUAAAGACCCUCGGGACUUACAAAGAUGUGUGGAUGGGAUCAAGAUCAUCGAGAGUGUAAUCGAAUCAAAGGCAUUUUCACCAUUUAAAGUUGAUUCUCUGUCUAUAAUAAAUCUUCUCAACAUGACUGCUAGUUCACCGGUUAAUCUAUUGCCUAAACAUGCAAACGCAUCAAGAUCUUUAGAACAGUUUUGUAAGGACACUGUGAUGACUAUAUGGCAUUAUCAUGGAGGGUGUGAGCUUGAUAGAGUGGUGGAUCGUGAUUAUAAAGUUAUUGGUAUAGAUGCUCUCAGGGUCAUCGAUGGCUCAACCUUUCGCAAUUCCCCAGGAACUAAUCCUCAAGCCACUGUUAUGAUGUUAGGAAGGUACAUGGGGGUUAAGUUAUUGCGUGAGAGACUUGCAACCGUUCGACCCAAUAAUUAAUACCAUUAUUCAUUAAUCAUCCCAAACUUUAAAGUUUAUAUCGCUUGAUUAUUAUUAUUUUUUUCAAAACUCAGUUUGUUUAGUUUUUUGGAGGAAUGAUGUAAGAAAUAAGCAUUCAGUGUUGAUCCAAUCAUUGUUUUUCUUUUCGUUUAAAU